AUGGAUGUAGAUGCCAACUCUUUCGAUUUGCCGGGCUUCACACCUCCCGUGCCUGUCAGGUUAACCAAGGACAUCACCAAAGAACAGCUUUUGGGAUUUCCCGCCUUCAAAACAUGGGCCAAGACCAUCAAGUCCUCUCUCGCCCUUCAAUACACAGAAGCGGAACAUCCGUUCAAGAACGACCCUUACACCUUGUGGUCGGUGACUGUGCAGUCAGUUGACUACUUUGGUGGGACAAGGAUUGGUUUCGUAAAGAUGUCCGCCGACGUCAGAAACAAAGAAGGGUAUCUACCAGGAAUUGCAUUCCUGCGUGGUGGAAGCGUUGGCAUGCUUAUGAUUCUUCGACCAAGUGACUACAAAAAUGAGAGAUGGGUCGUUAUGACAGAGCAAGCCCGAAUCCCAGCUGGUAGCCUGAGAUUCAUGGAAAUUCCAGCUGGAAUGAUGGACAAGCACGGAACCUUUGCGGGCGCUGCAGCCAUCGAGAUCAAAGAGGAGACAGGAAUUGAAGUCAAGGAAGACGAUCUGGUGAAUCUGACUGAGCUGGCACUAGCAGAAGCAGGAGUCUCGGAGCCCUUGCAGCAGGCUAUGUAUCCUAGCCCAGGAGGAUCGGAUGAAUAUAUUGCGAUCUUUCUUUGGGAGAAGGUGCUGGAUCGACAGGAGAUAGAGGACUUGCGGGAUAAACUCACGGGACUAAGGUCGAGAGGGGAGAGAAUCACGAUAAGAUUGCUCGACUAUGAAGAGCUAUGGAAAGUGGGAGCGAGGGACGCUAAGACGUUGGCUGCUUGGUCCCUUUAUGAAGCUCUAAGGAGGGCAAGACAUAAUAAACUACCGAAUGAGCGUAUAUAUUAA